AUGGCUUCUGCAGUUGUUUCUUCUUCUAAUAAUUCUCAGGCGCAGUCACAUUCCUCAACUUUGGGACUUUCUCAAGAGCAAAUUCAAGGUCUAUUGACACUUCUUCCUCAAUCUAAUCCCACAGUCACACAUUCUACUGGUCUAGACAAGUCAACCCUACAGAUGAUUGGGAAAGCUGAAGAAAGAGAUGGCUUGUAUGUCAUGAUAGUUCCUGCAUCCCCACCCCUUGCUUCACCAACUGAUCACUAUGCAGCAGUAAUAAGGAUCCUGAGAUAUAUCAAGAAAAAUCCAAGACAAGGAUUAUUCUUUCCCUCCAACACAGAACAUUCUCUCAAGGCUUUUAAUGAUUCUGAUUGGGCUGCUUGCCCUGAUACUAGAAGGUUUGUGACUGCUUUUAAUGUGUUCUAUGGUGCAUCCUUAAUCAGCUGGAAAUCCAACAAGCAAGGUACUAUCUCUAGAUCAUUAACUGAAGCAGAAUAUAGAGCCUUUUAG